CAGCAAGCAGUACACGUCGAAACUACCCAAGUAGCUAACACACACGUCAACAGUGGGACCGCUGCCUCUCCAACCUCAUAAUCAAGUCCUCUCUCGGCCUCGGUUUCGGCGUCGUUUUCUCCGUUCUCAUUUUCAAGCGGAGAGCGUGGCCCGCGUUUGUCGGUGUUGGUUUCGGCGCGGGGCGGGCGUACGAGGAGUGCAACUACAGCCUGAAGGCGGCGGCACGGGACAUCAGGAAGCAGGCAUGAACUUGGAGUAGUCGGUAGAAGUGGCUGGGUGGUGGCGUUCUCCUAGUUGGACUGAGAGCUAAUGAACGCCUGUCUACCAACUACGGCAUGGAUAGAAAAAGAGCGAGAGGGUGGGAACACUCGGCUGUACAAACCCUGUGUCAUCAGUCAACUUAGACGCAUAAAAUGCAACGUUUCCUUUGUUUGGCUUCUGGCCUACGGUAUGCUGUUAUCCCGUAACCAGAAGCAGAAUCGAUUCAAAACCAGGGCUAUUGGUAACAGUGGAAUCCGAACGCGCCUUCACGCACUUCACCAGUCAAGUUGGGCCAGUCAAACAAGACACUCCCCAUCCGCAGACACACGCGGCGAUGUUCGUCUCCGGCACUCGCCACGAAGAAGCCACGCCGGCCUCCCUGUACUCCUCACAGCCGGAAGCGAGUCGCUCCCAACCUCAAACCCGUCCACCUGCCCGCCCAUCCUCCCCUCACCAAACCCAAACUCCACGUCCCUCACCAACGGCGGCGGAGCCAACCUCACCCGCCGCGACACCAGCGUCAUGCCCCUCCCCAGCUUCUGCAACACCCACGCAACCCGUCUCCCAGCCCUCUCCACCCCCUCCGCCACCCAGUCCUCUCCCCCGUCGCCAUCACACUCCCCUCCACCCC